AUGAACAGCGCGCGGACUGUGGAGUUAGGACGCGCAGUCAUUGCAUUGCAAUCGGCAAACAUCGAGCUUUGGCUCACAACAUUGAUCACUCUCUCACCAGACACGAUUAGACCUCCAGCGCAGCAGAACAGCGUCGAUCUUCAAAACUUCGAAGCUACUGACCUGCUGGAGCACCUGUCAUUAGGCAAUGUUUGGGUCAGACGGGGCAACGAUAUGCACAUGUUUCUCGACUGCACGAAGCUUGGAAGACCUUUGGACAGCCACCAUCUUCAGCAGCUUGGAGACAGCAUUGUGAAUGCUCCAGCGUGGAAGCGGUUCGGUCUUUGUUUGUCAUUGCCUCUCAACUAUGAGCCGACCUAUGGAAAACUGCGCGUGAACAUUGACCAUUAUGAUCCAAUUGAAAAGCCACUUACAAACGCGGACAAUAGCAGUGCAAGCGCAUUUGGCACAGACAUACGACCUCCAGAAGGAAUUCCAAUCCUUCAUUUGGAAUCGAUUGAGAUCAUCAUGGCGAUCUGCGAGACCAAGAAUCGUGCGAUGGCACGAAAACGUCCCAAGCGGAAAGCGGCAAAACCGGUAUCUGAUUUCGGCGAAGUGGAAGUAUUUUUUGAGGAUGCGAAUCCCAAUGCAGAGUCCUCGUGCAAAUCAGAUCUACUGCGGGGUCCUGGUUUUCAGAGCAAACCUGCGGAUCAGGGUGAUUAUACUCGUGUUCAAGCGCGCUCGUCGGAGACACCAAGCAAUCUAAACUUUGAAAUGAAACCCGGCUCCCCAAAUCGUGGCAAAAGGAAGGGGCAUACAACUAGCUCUGAGCUUGCUGCCAUCGAAAUCCCAGACCCCGCAUUGUCACAAUCAGAACGCAUCAUGGUUCUGACCGAUGCCGGUCUACGUUAUUCGAUAUGCCUCCACCUGAGGGGUUCCACAGCUAAUCUCAGAGUCAAGGCCAAUACUUUCAUCUAUGGGCUGUCAAACGUCGCUCCAGCUUUGUGGCGGGCCGGAUAUAUUUCUGCCCUGUGCGACCCCGAGUUUCAAGCCACUUCGGCCGAGGCAGCAGUAGAGAUUCUAGAAGAAUACAGAAACCUCGGCACACGACAUCCAGACGAGAGUGGUGAACGGAUGCACGGUUUGACGCGCAAUGAUCUGUUCGAUUUGGAACAGUCCUUUGUACAAGGCCGCACGAAUCGUACUGAUAGCAAUCACGCCGUCGAACCGAACACUAUGAACAGUCAAUGUGGAAACAGCCUCUGUUCAGUGUCGACGAUCAGUCAACCCUUGGACGACGGAGUAGCUGGAGAGGAAGGUUUGUAUUUCGAGUGUGACGAGUCAGUCAAGCAAAACUUACAGCAAGCCGAUCGGAAUUCUUGCGAAGUCGCCGGUGCAGAAGUUACAUGGACGAGCGAAUUGGCUAUCCCACGCACAGACGAUGAAAACAUGCUGUUCGGUUUCUAA